AUGGAUCAGCAGCAGCAGCACCAACAGCAGCCUCAGCCUGGAGGCGUCCCCGGCCCCACUGGCCGCCGGCUGCACAUUGCCCAUCGCAGGAGUCCCUCAGAGCUGACCCCUCUGAUGAUGGAGCAGCUGGCCAUCCAGCAGCAGAUCGAGCUGCUGCAGCAACAGCAACAGCAGCUUCAAGCCACGUACCAACAGUUUAACAUGGUGCCUGGCCAGACCCUCGGGGCCGGCGGCUAUAACCCGCUCCAGUCUGCCAUGCCCAAUAUGUCGCCGCAGCCCGGCUACCAAUUCCCGACUCAGCUUCCGCCAGCAGGAACGUUAUCCCUGGCUCCUUCCGACCCAACCCAUUGUCACAUCGGCCGGUAA